AUGAGCUUGGGAAUUAGAGUAUGCGAUAAUGCUAGGGCGUACCCCACAUGCGACGCGCAGAUGCAGCACCCGGCGUCUGUGGGAAAUGGACAAGGGUUGCUGCUCCAGGGACGGGGGCAGCGUAAGAGGCGAGUCCAGGAGGUGAGCUUGAGGAUUGCCAGUUGGAAUGUGGGUACGAUGACUGGGAGAGGACGAGAGCUAGCAGAUGUUUUGGAAAGGAGACGGAUAAAUAUAGCGUGCUUGCAGGAGACGAAGUGGAAGGGUAUAGUGUUAGAUAGAGAGCUCAAGAAUAAGGUGAUGGAUGUGAAAAGAGUGAAUGAUAGAGUUAUUGCAGUAAAACUGUUGAUUGAAGACUCGGUUUUAAAUGUCGUUAGUGUGUAUGCGCCGCAAACGGGAUGCGAUGACAGUAUGAAAGAAAGAUUUUGGGAGGAUUUUGAUGCGGUAAUAAUGAAAGUACCAGAGUGUGAGGAAAUAUACAUUGGGUGGGACUUUAAUGGACAUGUGGGAAGGAUGAAUGACGGGUAUGAGAGGGUGCAUUGGGGCAGAGGUUACGGAGUUAGGAACCGAGACGGUGAAGCUCUACUUGAAGCAGCCUUGGCCUUUGACUUAGCAAUAGCCAACACAUUCUAUCAAAAACGGGAACAACACCUUAUCAAAUACCGUAGUGCUCUACACUUUACCCAAAUUGACUACAUUCUUUUAAGAAGAAACAGGCUAAAAUCGGCCAAGGACUGCAAGGUAAUACCGAGUGAGAGUCUCGUCUCCCAGCAUAGGCUACUGCUCCUGGACUUAACUCUGAAAGUUCAGAGUUUAAAUAAGAGCCCGAAGCCCCCAGUUAGAACGAAAUGGUACAGAUUGGAUGAUAGGGAGGUGGCUGUAGAAUUCCGGGAAAGAGUGGUUGGUAAAAUGAUAGAGAUGGGAGAUAUGGUGGGGGUGGGAGUAAACGAGUGCUGGAGUGAGAUGGCAACGUGGGUGCGAAGUGUGGCAAGGGAUGUCUUAGGGGAAACGAAAGGGAAAAGGAAGAUAGAGAAGGAUACAUGGUGGUGGAAUGAGGAAUUACAGAAAGUCGGAUAA